AUUAAUAUAAGCUGUUUUAUUCGGCUGACCUGUUUGGCCCGAGCUAAAGGUGCUGCUGUACAGCGCGUCUGUCUGUGUGAACUGUGUUAAAGGUGUUAAAUGUACCUGUUGUGGAGCUCCUGCCUGUCAGGAGGAGGAGUGUUUACGGAAGUGUUGCUGGGCUUUCACUACAUUCAACGCGACUAACUCGAGUUUAAAAUGUGUUUACAAGUUGUUUUUGAAGGAUUCUUGUAAGGACUCGCGUAAAAAGGUGGCUGCCCCCUGUGCCCACCUUCUGAAGCCCCUUUGAAAAGCCUGUGAAGACCACACAAUGCACUUUGCAUCGGCGAGUAGUGAGAGGAGAAGUGUGGAGGAGGAAGAGGAGCCUCUGGCUCUGAUAGAGCUGCUGGAAUGUCCUCUGUGCAUGAAGCCCCUGGACGUGACGGCCAAGGUCUUGCCGUGCCAGCACACCUUCUGCAAGCCAUGCCUUCUGCGCCUGGAGGCGUCGUCAUCACCUCACAUGUGCUGCCCGGAAUGCCGUGCCCCUCUUUCAGGGAGAAUAGAGAACCUGCCCACCAACCUGCUGCUGGCCAGACUCCUGCACAGCCUCCAAAGGGAUCGAGUGACCACGCCAAGGGACAGAAGUGGAGUGUACGUGAGCUCCACAACAGCUCAGGAGGGCUGUGUGGUCGAGGAUCUUCAACCUGCCCAACAGCAGAAGGGUCAGGGCACCCAGGAGGUGUUAGCUAAAGCCUUGUACGACUACCAAGGCAAUGGCCCAGGAGAGCUUAGUAUGAAAUCUGGCGACAUCAUCAGCCUUCGAUGGAGAGUGGACGAGAACUGGUGUUACGGAGAAGCCAAAGGGAGCAGUGGUCUUGUUCCCACCAAAAUGGUGCAGGUGUUGAGUGAUCAAGUCCAGCCUUUGGCUCUGUGCCGGGCCCUGUAUGACUUUGACUUGAACAGGCUGGAUCCUGAGGACAGGAAGGAAUGCCUGCCCUUCCUAAAGGGAGACCUCAUUAGUGUCAUUAAGAGAGUGGAUGAGAACUGGUGCGAAGGGAGGGUGAGAGACAGAGUUGGAAUCUUUCCUUUGCAGUUCACAGAGCCAAAUCCGGCCGCUCUCAAAAUCCUGGGGAGAGGUGGUGUGGGAUCUCGGCCGCAGGACACGAGACGGAGUAGUGGCCACAGGCGGAUCUCCAGGACGACCAGGCCUCCCCAGGUCAGCCUAUUGAACAGCCUCAACGAGCGGUCCCCUUAUAGUCACAUCCAGAGCCAGUACAGUGGGCCUGUAGCUCCACCUGCCCCGGGUAAAGCAGCCCAGCUCGCCCCAGCCUCCAAACCGCGGUCUGGAACUGCGCGCAGAAGCCUGACAAAGGUUGAAAGGAAGAUGAAUGGUGAAGUUCCCCCAACCAUCACUAUGGCUCUGAUCAACCCUCGCCCUCCACCACCACCAGAGAGCAAACAGUCCUCUACUCAGCAGCUCUCUAUCAGUGUGUGUGCUGCGCUGUACUCGUACAGUCCCCAUCGCCCCGAGGAGCUGGAACUGAGAAAGGGCGAGAUGGUGGGAGUUUAUGGGAAGUUCAAGGAGGGCUGGUUACGUGGUCUCUCACUCCGAACUGGCAAAGUGGGCAUUCUGCCCGCUAACUACGUCACUCCUGUGCUCAGAACGUCUGCAAGGUUUCUCGAGCAGCCAAAGCCUGCUGUGCCUGUUGCAAGCACUGCUGUGUCUACAAAGAGAUACACACCCCAGAAGCCCCAGGCUGUGGUGCUGGCCCUGGAUAAAGUGAAGACUGAUGGGACUUCUGCUGCCCCAGUAAUUGCCAUGCCGCCUCAGCCAGCCGUGUCAUCUGGCGGUGGAGCGAGAGCUCCUCAGGCAGGAGGCAAGCCAGGCUGGGACACGGUCAGACGGGCCUUCCAGCCCUCACACAGAGGGUCACCCCACCGUAACAGCUACCAUUCCCAAAAUCCAACCCCAAGCUUUCAACACCCACCUCAGGAUCUGGGACAGAUCUAUGGUUUUGGCCGCUCCCCUGUUCUCCCCAGGAAAAGAAAUGGCUUGUUUACAAAUCCCAUCAGGCCACAAUAUUGGACUAAUGAAGGAAUGACACCCUCUGGUGGUGGCUACCAUACAAUGGAUGCCAAAUACUCUUUUCCAAAAGAAGCUUUCACGCUUCCUCAGUCCAUUCUGGUAAAGCCAGAUUCACAUAGACACAACACAGAAAAGCCUGUGAAGUCAGUGCGGUUCUUGACUGAAGACGUUCCCCAGACCACAACGAGGAUGAGCUCACUAUCGUCUGGAGCACAGACCAUCGGGAACUCUCAGAGCGGCUCCACAGCUCUAGAGCACUGGAACCCAUCAGCCAUCUUGGGUCGGGACGGAAGUACCUCAGUCCUUAAAGACACAAAGACGUUUCUGCAGAGAAAAGGUCCUGCUCAGAAUCACGCGUCUGUCGAGGGUCUCCCCUUAAGCAUGAAACCAGCAAUUAUCAACAUGGCUUCCAGUCCCACCAGGCACAGGGUGGUGAUGGGAUACAACGCACAGACUGACGCAGAGCUGAACCUUCUAGAAGGAGAGCUGGUCCUGGUCCAAAAGCCUCGACCGGACGGAAGGGUCCUGGUGACCCAAGAGAUCACUGGACGGACGGGCCUUUUCCACAGCAGUAUUCUGGACAUAUUGGACAAAGUCGUCUGAGUGCCACUGUUAUUGUACUCGUGUGUGUUCGUUUUCCACUAUUGAGCAGUGUUGCUUUUGGAAUCACGUGGAGUGAGACUGUUGCAUAAAAGAACUUAACAAGAAA